ACCAACCUGUUGUCCAGAAAAGCACCUUGCAAAAGUCUAUUCAGUCUUCACACUUCAAAACCCCAAUAACCAAACUCUCUCUCUCUCUCUCUCUCUCUUUCUCUCUAUUCUGUAUAUCAGCCCACCUAUAAUAGUGGAGAAUAACAUCAGAUAAGAAUCUAAGCUUUUGAUGAAAAUCUAUGGAGAAGAAACAAGAGGAGGAGCUAAGAACAGAAUUAUACUCAACAAUUUCAGAUCAGAUGUUGAUUCCAACAUCCUUUUCUAUGACAAAUAUUUCUGAUUAUUCCGGCAUGCCACGUGAAUUUGAUCAAAAGGGCUUUUUAGGGUUCUUUGACGUUCAAGAUUUUACUAGCCAAUCUACUUUCGAUUUGCUGCAGACUCCCUCCUUGCCACCACAGUUUAUGCAGCAGCCUCUACCUUCACCGGUGGCUGACUCUGCUGAGGGGGUCAACACUCCGGUGACACCAAAUUCAUCGUCUUUUACCUCAUCGUCAAACGAAGCUGCCAAUGAUGAUAGACAGAUCAAAACUAUUGAAGAAGUAGAACAAGAUCAAGAAAAGACUAAGAAACAGUUGAAUCCCAAAAAGAAGAACCAUAAAAGGCAAAGAGAACCCAGAUUUGCUUUCAUGACAAAGACUGAGGUUGAUAACUUGGAUGAUGGCUAUAGAUGGAGAAAAUACGGACAAAAAGCAGUGAAAAACAGCCCUUUUCCAAGGAGCUACUACCGUUGCACUAAUGCAUCAUGUGGUGUGAAGAAGAGAGUUGAAAGAUCAUCUGAAGAUUCAUCCGUAGUUGUCACAACCUAUGAGGGUACCCACACACAUCCAUGUCCAAUAAUGCCUCGUGGAAGCUUUGGAAUUAUGCCGGAAACCACCACUUUUGGUGGCGGUGGAGGUGAUGGUGGAGGAAGUACUUCCUCUUUUAUUGUCCCACAAAUGCAGCAUUAUCGACAACAACAACAACCUUAUUUCCAUAGCUUGAUGACACCACCACCUUUGAUGAAUUUUGGCACUAAUUGUAAUUCUUCAUUCCAUCAAGAAAGAACAUUUCGUCCCUCUUCGUUUACUCUGGUUAGAGAUGAUGGGCUUCUUCAAGACAUGGUGCCAUCCCAGAUGCUCAAGGAUUCAAAAAAGGAGUAAUAAGUGUUAAUUUACCUGCUAUCAAUUGGUAUGUGCGACUAAUCAUAUGAUUAUUAAGGUUCUUUAUUACAUAAUGACUCCCAAAUUAUGAUGUAAAAUGGCUAGAUUUUAGCUUAUGGAUAGACUAGUACUUUUCUCUAUGACUAAUUGACUUUUGUUAUUUCCUGUACUUAAGAAGUUAAAAUUCUAUUAUAUAAAGAGAUUUUGGGUAUAUACUUU